AUGGGCAAGUUUGGGAACAUCAGAGAACAGGUGAUGGCAAAUCGGGGAAUCACCUUAGCAUCCACAACCACGCGAAGGUCACCUCACUGUUUCAACUUCCUUCGACAGGUUGAAGUCCUGUCCAAGGCCAGUUUUGGAUCAGCGAAGCAGCACAAGGACUGGGGUUCAGCCACAGCUAUCGUCAGGGCUUUCCAGAUCGGGAAGGCUGAAGCUGCCGCAGUUUCGAAUUUGCAGUCUGGUGUAGAGAAAGAAGUUGUGGUCAUUUUGAAGAAGGAGGUGAGCAUCAGGGGUCUGAGGUCUUAUUUGGGCCAUGAGAUUGUGGCGAAGGGGUUGUUCAACACUGGAUAUUCCUCCAGUUCGGGUGCAACCGAACAAUGGGUUUCUGUGUGCACCAACCUGGAUGACUGCAAGCUGGUAAAGUUAUUCAUCCAGCGGCUUUCCUCUGACUGGGACCAGCUUCCACCAGGGAUGAAGCGAGCCCCUAGCCUCAAGGAUGCGAACCUGUUGCGUCAUUGCUGUGGCUUGUUUCUCCACUUCAAUGCGCAGUUGGAGAAACGCCUCCCAAGCAGUGAUAUUGCAGCUGCAAAGGAGAAGCUCUUGAACAUGUUUUUCCUUGGUGGCAUGGACCCGGAACUUCAAUUGUGCGCUGAGCAACAAGUCCCGCCCGGAGACAUGAAGAAUUUACUGGAGAUGCAGGAGUCGAAGGACAAGACUGAGCAAGAGUCCCGUGCCCAAGAACUUCAAGAGAAGCUGACCAGGGCCACCUUCAACCAAGUCCAAAGUCAGAUUGAGGCAGACAUCCAGAAGAUCCGAGACAAGCUGCCGACCAAGGCGACACGCACUGCAGAGACGGCGAAGGACAUGAAGUAUGUGAAGAACAGACAGCAGUAUGUGGUGUGCGCCUUGGAUGCAACUGUGUGGCCGAGUUCAACACAGUACAUCCUGGAUUGCCUGGAUUUCGUGAACAACAUUUGCUCCCUUUCGCCGCGGAACAUUGGGCACAUCCAGCUUCCGUGGUUGCACCAAGCAACGAGCAUGAAUGCACUUCUCAAACAUCGACGCAAGCUGGAAGACGCGCUGCUCAAGAGUGAUAUGGACUUCACGAAUACGUAUGCUGAGUUCAGCCAAGCGGUUGUGGAGAAAACGUUGGAACGUGGGUGCAAUCUCAUGUACUACGGGCUUUUCAGGGAAGAUGCGCAGCAUAAGAAGGUACUUGCUGACCUCGAGUUCAAGGUCUUCCGCCACUGGGAUUCCUUGGAUACAUCCCCGCCCAAGACUCGACCUCGACCACAGUCGACUUUGAUGGUGGACAACUUGCAUCUCCUCAGCUGCACAGCUGCUGGGCCUAUUUGGCCAGACGCACUGCUGACAAAGUUCAAGGCUGAGACCACAGAGCACAAAGAGCUCUUGGCUUUGAAGGACAGCUUUGAGCGUGAGUUUCCACCACCACGGGACACCAGUACUACCACUUCAGCCUCAGCCUUGCCUCCGAGAGUGUCUGGACUCCCCGACUUCACCAUUGAACACGGGGCUAAGCCGAUUGAUGUGAGCCGCGUGGUGGGCGCUUCCAUGAGUGCUCCACCAGGGGCAUCUGACAGGUUGGCCCUGGUUGCUGGCAAAGCUGGUAAACCAUCAAUUCUUUUGGACAAAGAGUACAAUGUGUGGCUGGGAAACGACACAGAUGCUGCUGCAACAUGGAGCGGAGUUGAGCUCUUUGGAUUUAACACCGGCACGUACGAGGUGAAAAUCGUGCGGGGUGACAACAAGAGGGAUGUGGCAGGCAUCGCGUGGAAGGUGAUGUCGGAUGUGGAGUUGGUCGUUUUUGAGAAGAAACCUAUGGCAGUGUGUGCGUUUAUGCAUGUUUGCGCGACUACACACGGGCUUGCUGAUGUGGGGGUGCUGGAGCACAAUGUGUCACCGAAACUUCAUCCGAAGGUGGCUUAG